AUGCCUCGUAACAACAACCCAACGCGAGGGCGUCCGCCCAAGCGCACCGAGCUCGACCUCAGUGCAUGUAUCAACAUGGAACAAAAGUUCCAACUUCAAAAACUCAUUUCUGCUAUCGUCGACGAUAUGAGUAGGCAGAUACGCGAUAACUUCGAGAAUCUUAGUCCCGGUCAUGUUAAACCCGAGGAGGGAAUCAACCCACCCAAAGCAGUGUGCAACACCGUUCCCAAUCCCCGUAGCGAGAAAUAUCGACACUUAUACGGUAAUAUCGCCGUAGGCCAGAAUAGCAACUCGGAUUCCCAGAAGGAGAAUGCAAGACCCAAUCACCAAGCUACCACGACGGCAAGGUCGCUAGAUCCCACGUGGAGACUGCCCAAGUCUCCCGAAGAAGUUCGUCACUUGUAUCAAAAGACGGAGCACGAUGUACUGGUCUCAAGCCUUUUCGAAUUGAAAAGAGACGCCCAAGCACACUUCUGCAAAUGGCGUGUCAACUUGCUCAAGCGUACCCAGGAUAUCGUGAUUAAAAACGGCGGAACAACUGGCAACGUUGGCGGCCAGCUACCCCAAGUAUCAGGUAAUGCAAGACGAUCAGGAGGACCCAACACGGCUGCUGAGGCUGCCUCGCUGGCUCUUGUUCGGCUUUAUCCCCCUAUUCCUACGCCCCUUAAAGAUUGCCCCAAGGAGAAGCGUGCCUUGAUAUUGCAUUCCAUGCUACUAAUUCUGCUCGGGCUUGACCAGUAUUCUCUGUACUCGAGAAUCCUAUUAGUAAGACUUGCUUCGUCGUUGAACAUCCCGAUGUGGGUAUUAUUGCAAGACGAGGUCAGAGUCUCGCAAGCCCUUUCCAAGGUUAUCCUGGGUAUCCCUAUCGAGGAGAUCGCCCAAAGGCGAGCGGAGGAAGCUAAAACUUCCCGACGUUGGAAACCGGGCAUGGCUAACGCAGCCCUGGGAGGAAACCCUGGCGUCCUUGCAGCCCCCCUCGUCGCAGCCGGACUUGGUACUGUUUUCGGGGGUAUCGGACUUGACCAGUCAGCAACAGCUAGUCUACUAGGACCUAUGAACGAUAACACUGUCGUCGUUGGUACCUUGUUUGGUCUGUAUGGAGCCCGACAAGGAAGCAAAACGAUUGACGCACACGGCAAGGACACCCAGGAUUUCGGCAUGAUACCUUUACAUGGAAUUCACACACCGGAGCUGAUCGACCCUAAGGAUGUUCCCGCCGAGAAUCGCAGAAUGCGAGUCACCAUCGGAAUCACUGGACUGCUCACCAACCCGGACGACUUCCUUACAUCCUGGCAGUUCCUAGGUCAACAGAAUGAAUCCUACGCAAUGAGAUGGGAGCUGGAGGCCCUGACGAAGAUGGGUAUCGCUCUAGAUACGCUCGCGAAGAGUUCAGCUUGGAGUGAAGCAAAAAAGGAACUUGAUUCGAUGAAUGUUUACGACAGGCUGACCAAGUCUAUAUGGCCCACAGCCCUCGUGAAGAUCAGUAAGGUCAUCGAAAAUCCUUGGUGUAUCGGAAUGGUCCGAGCAGAAAAGGCAGGUGCGGUGCUCGCCGACGUUCUCAUAAACAGAAUCUACGGCGAGAGACCCGUUACGUUGAUAGGAUAUAGCCUGGGGGCUCGCAUAAUCUAUUGCUGCCUGAUGAUUCUGGCCGAGAAGCGAGCUUUUGGAUUAGUAGAGAACGUGAUUAUUAUGGGCGCACCUUGCCCGUCCGAAGUUCGCGUUUGGGCUACAAUGAAGAGCGUCGUUGCUAGCAGACUAGUCAACGUUUACUCCAAGAGAGACUACAUGUUGGGCUUCCUCUAUCGCAGUAGUAGCUGGCAAUACGGCGUUGCUGGCUUACAGAGGAUCGAAGGAGUACCGAACGUCGAAAAUUUCGAGGUAACCCAGAUAGCUACGAAUCACCUUCGAUACCACCAUCUCGUCGGUAGCGUCCUGAAGAAGGUCGGCUGGGAAGACAUCAACUAUGACCAAAUUAUGAAGGAACAGCAGAAGCUGAACGCACACAUCAGCGCCGAGGCGAAACUCGACGAAGAACGGGAAAAGAAGAGCCGAGCUAAGUGCAAGGAGGAUAUCCGAGUAGUCGCGAAUGGCGUGAAAGGUGUGAAGCUGGGUAGCAAGUAG